CAACCAUCGCAGUUAAGUCUCCUUCUUUACUCUGGGAGCCAAAAUCAUUCCCGAGCAAAAACUUUCUGGACUUUAAAGCGCAGAAAAAAAGGCGCAUCCACCAAUUCCCAGAGCUGCGUGGAUGUGUGCAGAGAGUCCGCUGGAAGUCGCUCAUUUUAGGGGGAAUCCAACCAGCCACCAUCUAACAUGAAUAAUGGAUCCAAUCGGACCGCUGACCAAGAAAACUGUCCCCCGGAACCUCCGUUUGCCAUCGAUGUCAUCCGAGAAUUGGACGUCUAUGGUAUCGUCUUAUAUGCCAUCCUCACCUUCAUGGCUACGGUUUCUAUGCUGGUCUUCCUAGAGGAGUGUGUGUACAUUUACAAGAAAGUGCCUCCUAAAAAGAAGAACUUAAUCAUCUGGGUGAAUGGGGCAGCUCCGGUUAUCGCCAGCAUGUCCUGCAUGGGAAUGUGGAUCCCAAGAGCCGUGAUUGUUACAGAUCUGACCUCAGCCACCUAUUUUGCCAUGGUGGUGUUUAAGUUCCUGAUUAUGAUGCUGGAGGAGAUUGGAGGGGAUGAGGCUUUCGUGAAGCGAGGAGAGAAACGCAAACUGAAGAUCAGCACGGGGCCUUGCUGCUGUUGCUGCCCCUGUCUCCCAGAUGUGGCCAUCACACGACGCACGCUUUUCCUGCUCAAGCUUGGCUCCUUCCAGUUUGCCAUCCUGAAGCUUGUCUUCACCAUCAUUUCCCUUAUUCUGUGGACCAAUGGGAAUUUCAGCCAACAAAAUAUGACAAUCACUGGAGCAUCUAUAUGGAUCAAUCCAUUUGUGGGCAUCUUAACAAUCAUUGGUCUGUGGCCUGUCACCAUGACUUUCAUGCAUCUGAGAAACACCUUACAGUCAAUUAAGAUCGUUCCCAAGUACGCUAUGUACCAGAUGCUGCUGAUCAUGACCCAGCUGCAGACCGCUAUAAUCAACAUCUUGGCCAUGAACAAGGUCAUCGCCUGCUCUCCACCCUUCUCAUCUCCAUUCAGAGGAUACAUGCUCAGUCAGAAGCUUCUCAUCCUGGAGAUGUUCAUCAUCACUCUGGUCAACCGACUGCUGUAUCGACGGCAGUACGACCCUCUGCCAGAGGAAGAACCGGGCGACAAUGAGAACACCAAGAUGGUCGAAAUAACAGUUUCUGCAUGAAUGUGUGUGUCUGAGUGUGCGUCUAUGAUUAGGAAAAAUGUGUAGAGUUUUAUUAAUCAAUAAAUAUGAAUUCAAUGUAAAUCAGUUAAGUGGUUCUAUGUUUGACUGAUGGGACACUCAGGUCACUUUUUAGAAAACAGCAUCUUGACAUAAAGGGAGCUUAUUACAGCAGUCUGAUGGAAUAUUUUUCUCUUUUAAAGUAUGUUUCCUCUUAAGUAUGAACACUAACUGACCCGACUGUACAUUGGUGCUGUGAAAUAAUUAUCUGUUCUCUAAUGGCACCUUAUUGAAUUUUAUAGCAUUUUUUCCACAUAAAAAUGUACAGCUUUCAAAUGUACAUUCUUGUUUAAAAUCUUUCCCUAAAUGUUAUGAUUGGACUUAAAUCUCUGUUUGCUGACAAUCUUUGAGGUUUUAAAUGGUUUCCUCUUAGUUUAAUGCAAGCUCUUCAUGUUUGCUUUUAAAGCAUGCAGUGUAAAAGUUAUACCAGCAACUGUGAGCCGCUUGGGCAUUGAGGCGGUGCAGCCCAGACUAUGGCACCUCCAUCUCCGUUCAUCACAGCUGAAUGGGGAGUAUUUCAGGGAAGCUUUAAUCAGUCUGUAUUUUUGCUGCUAUUUUUAUUUAGAUUCUGACAUUAAAUUUGGAGCAAGGUUAGAGUACCAUAACGGAGACAGAAGUGACAGCAUUACCAACUGUAAAUUGGUUUCCCCCCGCCUCAGCUAGGGGUAAUUAGAUAACACAUUGCUGUUUCAAAGAGGAUCAAACCAUGAGUUGUUUUUGUUUUCCCUUUGUUAUUAUGAAUAUUAAUUAUGUAACAUCUCUACUGACUUUUGUGUGUUUGUGUUUAUGAUUGUCUAGAGUUUUGUUUUUUUGUUUGCUAAAAGAGAGACCUUUACUUUGCAAGGAUUUAGAUUCCUUUUAGUUUCCCCAAAAGCGUACCUUUGUUCAAUAUGUAACAGCUUUUUAAUAUGAAUGAUGGGAAAAAAAGCUGAAAAUCAGGGGCCAAAGAUUUGUUAAAGGAGAAUACUGUAGACUAGUGUACCAAUGUUAUUGUCAAUAAAGAUGCUUGUAUUUUUCUACAGGA